AUGGAGCGGAUCAUGAAAGCUCAGGCUCUUCGUGAUUCAACAACGAUGGGUUACAUGGCUGGCAAGAAGCACCUUGAGAUCAACCCCGAACAUGCAAUCAUUGUGAAUCUGCGUGAUCGGGUUGAGGCUGACAAGAGCAACACGAGCAAGAAGACUUCAAAGGAUCUAAUUGUCCUUCUCUACGAAACCGCUCUGCUUUCUUCUGGCUUCACUCUUGAGGAUCCCGGUCUCCAUGCCACUCGCAUCUAUCGCAUGAUCAAGCUUGGUCUCGACAUUGGAGAUGAUGAUGGGGACGCAAUCACUGCUGAAACUCCUUCCACUUCUGAGCUGGUUCCGAAGGUCGAGGGUGCUGACGAGGAGAAGAGCCGAAUGGAGGAAGUCGAU